AUGGAAGUAGAUCAAUCUUGCAAUAACGCUAAUGAAGUCGUGGCGGAGUCCACAGAAGUUAUCAAAUCCAGUGAAAACGUACCACCAGCCAAUCCACCAACAACAGAAGACAGUGCUGUAGAGGCAUUGCGGCAAAUUCAAGAGGAUCAAAAAUUUGAGGCAGAGACACGGGCCAUGGUGAAAACUCUUCUUGCUGAAAAAGGUGAAUCCCAUGUACAAAGUAUGCUUCAGUCAGAAAUUCAAAUAGUUAAAAAGAAAGAAUCUGAAAUUGCUGCUACGAAGAAAAAGGUUGCGAGUGUUGUGAGAGACAUUGGGGAUUUACAAUUAGAGAUCCGACGAAUCAUAGAGGCUAGAACAGAAGCCGAGCGUGUUUGCAAAGUCCUUCAAGAAGCGAUGAAAAGACGUGCCGCUCUCACAGAGGAGGCUGUAAAAGAGAUGGAGCAACACCGACGAGGGGUGGAAGAGAAGGUAGAAAAUAAUGUGAAUGAUAUUCGUUCAAAGUGUGAUGAACGUAAAAAGGAGGCGGAGACUAUUAUAGAGGAGAAUGAACAUUUACGUGAGGAAGUGGCAAAACAAAAGAAGAGUUUUGAUGAUGCCUAUGCCUCUUAUCAACAGAGUUGGAAAGAACGUGAGGUUCAUGUAGAGGAACUCAUGCGAACGUUUCGUGAAGUGUCAAAAGAAACGGAACUGCUGGAGGCCCGUUUGGCUCUUCUGCGGCGAGAACGACAAGUCGCCCAAGAGGGAUCAGUCGUCCUGCAGCAACAAAUCGAUAUGUACAACACCCGCUUUAGUGAAUUUGGAAACUCACACUCUGUGGAUGAUGUGGAGCGCAUUGCGGCCCAACAGCGUAUGGAGGGAGAGGCGCGGAUUACACAGUUGGAGAGUGAAAAGAAGGAGGCGAAUGAAUUGCGAUUGAAGUUUGAUAAAGAAACGGCGAGUUGGCGGGCCGCCCUCGCAGUGGCGAAACGUGAAUGGACGAAAGUGGAAAAGGCAAAAUUGGCGGCAGAGCGACAGUGUCGUUUGGCACAGGAACGUGCACGGCAGAAUGAGAAGAAGAGCGAAAGUGGAUGA